AUGGAUGAAUUAGGAGAUUUUUAUUAUGAUCGACAACAAUGGGCUACAGCUGCUAAAUAUUAUGAACAAAGUAGAAAUAAUUCUCAAUUAUUUCAUUGUUAUGCAUUAACAGAAGAUUAUGUUACUUUAGAAAAACUUAGUCAAUCAUUACAAGAAAAUGAUCCUUUACUUAGACCUAUAGCUGAUACUUUUGCUAGUUGUAAUCGAAUACAAGAAGCAGUACAAAUGUGUAUUGAAUUAAGUCAAUGGAAUAUGGGAAUAGAAUUAGCUCGUCAUUAUAAUUUAAGUGAGCUUAAAGCUUUAUUAACACGACAAGCAAAAACAUUACUUAAUCAAAAUAAACCAUUUGAUGCUAUUGAAUUAUAUAAAAAAUCUGGAAAUUAUUUAGAAGCAGCCAAAAAUUCUCUAUGGAAUUGCUGA